CCUUACAAUGCAUCUGCUCAUUGGAUAUUGACUGUGAUCGAUCCGGACAAUGACACUGUCUAUUACAUGGAUCCGUUAAAAAGACGCCUUGGGGGUAACGGAGAAUGGAAAGAUAUUGUUGACACUGCCAUAUCAAUGUUUAGAGCAGACCGCAACAGGAAAGGACGAGGUUUUCCUCAAUGGAAGAACAUGGCAGGUAUUCCAUCACAGCCAAACGACAAACAGUGUGGGUAUUAUGUGAUGAGAUAUAUGAGAGACAUCAUACAUGAUACAAACUUGGGUUUUGCAGAAAAGUGGGGUAGGAGAGCUAACUAUGUUUAUAGUCAAGUGGAAAUUGAUGAAGUGUGUAAUGAGCUCGCAAGUUAUGUGCUCAAGAACAUCCUCAAGUUGUAAAGUCUGCAGUUGCUCAUGGCCUAGAA